AUGCCUUCCGAACCAACUUCAAUUUUGAGUAACAACAUGGCUGACCCCACAUUAUUGCAAAGAACAAUUCAAGCAACCUUAUGUCAAUGUAGUUCAUGUAUGCAUGUUUGUGAAAAUAGAAAAUUGAUACAACGUAGUUUUUUCGUUGGAUUCAUAAUCCCAAUUGUAUGGAUAUUGAACAUCAUUUAUUAUAUCUAUUCCCAAUAUAUUAUAGAUCAUGAGGUUAAUCACUCGAAAAUAGAUGAAACUGAACUACCAACACUUUUUAAUAAAGAACAGCAAAAUAAGAAAACUGAAAUUGAAUUGAAUGAUGAGAUUGUUCUAGAAAGUGAGAGAAAAAACUUAAGGGGGAUGAGUUUGAUGCCACAUAGUCAAAGUUUACUAAAUGAGAAGGAACAAAUUGUUUCUUGCUCUGAAACAUUAUUUAGUGUGGAUUCUACAGAAGAAUUGGCUGAGUACAGACACAAUUACUUAAUUCAACUUUCGAAUAAUAUAAUACUAUCUCAUGAUGAAUUAAGAAGGUUUUCUAGAGUCUGGGCUUUUAGAAGUUGGUUAGGGUUUAUAUUCUAUAUUAUAGUAGCUAUAUUUAUUUAUCUUUUAGUUUCUCACAGUAGUUCACACACCUUAUAUAUGUCAAAUAACCCUACAUAUUAA